UACCAUAACGUGCGGUGUAGUGAUCUUUAUUUCAAUUUGAUUUGGCUGAAUGUAAAGCGACGUCUGGAAAGUUAUUCUCAUCAAGCGUCCCUUGGAGGUCUUAGAGAAUACAUCUGAAUUAUGGCUGUGAUCCUUGAAAGUCUGAGCGUUAAGCAGUUGAUAGCUCUUGGUCUCGGUAUCGUUGUCAUUCUCUGCGCGUUUUUCAUCGCUGGCGGCAAGAUAGCACCUUCUCCAACAAAUGCAAUGCUUCACACAGCACAUAUAUGUCACACUAAAAACCAAGACGCUGCUCAAGAACCAUGGACAUGUGCACACCUUGACAAUCUUGAUCAAGCCAGGGAAAAAGGGAUCACACCCCAUGAAAUUGUGUUUGCCAUCCAAUUUCCCCAUCCUGGAUUAGAGAUGUCUCGCUGGCAUCAAUUUAUUGCAGCAUCUGUUAGACUUGAUUUAAGAUUUGACUCUAGUUUUCCUUACAGAGCAAAAGAUGAUAAACAUGGCUAUCCAGUGUGGACAUUUGAAGCAAGCCUGUUUUAUAAGGAUAAAAAUGAUACAUCUGGUGGAUGGAAACUCAUGGCACGUUCCUUAGAAGAUCGGGAACUUGUAUGUCAUUUCAAAGAGUCAAAGAAUAAUCGCGAUGGAGGUUAUUAUGAUUGCGAAGAUAUCCCAUUUUUUGAAAUCGGUAGUGUUUAUCAUGAAUACUACUUGGUCAACCUGAGGCUACCCGUACAUCGAUCCAAGAACAGACACAUAGGACCAGUGUCUGAACUACAUUUUGUGGAGAUUCAUCAAAAUGGUGGCUUCACUCGGGUUUGGUUUACCAUGAAGACAAUCGUAUCACCCAUUAGCAUCAUCUUGCUCUUGUGGUUUGCUAAGCGAGUUAAGAACCUUAGUCGUGGACCUGUGCUGCUUGAGAAGACUCUUUUUUUACUUGGAGUUGUAACAGCGUUUCUCAACCUACCAAUCGAGUGGUUUACUUUGUGGGUGGAUAUGCCAUUUAUGCUGCUAUUGACUGACAUACGUCAAGGUCUGUUUUAUGCCAUGCUCAUGUGCUUCUGGAUCAUAUUCACCGGAGAGCACUUGCUGGACCAAUCAGAAAGGAACAGACUAAAAGUAUACUGGCGACAGGUUGGAGCGAUUGCAUUUGGAGGUGCUUGUCUACUCGUUUUUGAUCUCUGUGAAAGAGGAUACCAGCUCAAAAAUCCUUUUUUCAGUAUUUGGGCUACAAAACUUGGAAACGACCUGGCAUACGCCUUCAUCAUCUGUGCUGCUGUUUGCGCAUGCGUAUACUUCUUGUUCUUGUGUGUUUUGGUUAUCAAAGUUUUUUGGAACAUUCGAGGCAAGAGAGCGACAUUUAAGAACAUGUCCCGAGCAAGACGCCUAAAUUACGAGGGUCUUAUUUACCGUUUCGAGUUCCUGAUGGUGGUAACUCUGUUAUGUGCUGGUCUAACCGUGGUAUUCUUCGUCAUAAGCAACGUCAAUGAAGCCCACUGGAAAUUUGGCUCGGAAGAAUCAACAGUUGAAAUAUCAAGUGCUUUAUUCACUGGUGUAUAUGGCAUGUGGAAUGUGUAUGUCAUGUCAAUCAUGUUCCUCUACGCCCCAACUACCUCGGAUCGCUAUCAAGCUUCAUUCGAUGGUAAUCGAGAGACUGUAGAGCUAACGGGAGCUGCUGAUCCAGUUUCUGGAGCAAAGGAAUCUAUUGUAUACUCGAUGGCUGGAAAAACGGCGCAAGAAUAACUCGAACUCAAUUCAACUAACGCCAAUGGUGCUGACAAUGAUCUCUCAGCGACCCUUGUUCCUAUCGCUUGUUUUCACUUUCAUGGCGAUAAGAAGCCAUUUUGAGGCAGUUAUUAGUUUCAAUGAGCAUAUGUGAACGUAAUAUUUUCCUCGCCUUAGUUAGUCUCCCCCACAGCCGCUUUCAGUGUCGUCACGCAACGCUUUCUCCCCUGACUAGCGGCUGCUUACCCGAGCACAACAUUCCUUUCCUAUUGUUUGUGUUCAACCAAUUAGAUAAGUCUCAUUGUGUUUCAAGAACCAAUCAAAACGUUUCGAAUUUGACAUCUYGUAAACAUUCGCGAGACUAGAGAAAUAAUUCUAAGACGCAUUUGAGUGGAGGUUGGAGAAAAUCUUUGGGAAAUUAAAAUUGAAUUUGUUCUUGUUAAAUGUUUAA